GCGGACUGGCUUGUGCGAAAAGUGCAGGUCUUGCAUAAUUUAUUGCGAAAGCUGUAAUCUAUCCAUCCGUGUGUCCGGGCGUAUAUGGCUUUGUGUACAGUCAUUGAUCAUGCAGAAAUCCAGAAACAAGAGAAUUUGCAGCGCGGAUGCCGCCUGGACCCGCGCGUCCUCAUGAAGCGUUGAGCGGCGGCCGAGACGUCUCGUCGCGGCUGGUGGAUGGAGAUGUUUGGACGAGGCUCGGUACUCUGCCUGCAGCUGAUGCCGUCCAUUGUUACAAACUGUGGCUUGUUUUAUCACCCAAAGUUGGGCUGUGCUGACCGAGGACCCCGUUAACUGCGGAUGUCCCUGACCAAUUCCAGCGUCUUUCUGCUUAACGAGGGUUCUGCCGAUUCAUACACUAGUCGACCCUCUGAUUCCGACCUGUCCCUGGAGGAGGACCAGGAGGCGUCUCGGCGUGAAGCCGAGCGCCAGGCUCAGCUGCAGCUGGAGAGAGCCAAGUCUAAACCUGUAGCAUUUGCAGUGAAAACCAACGUGAGUUACUGUGGGGCCCUCGAUGAGGAUUGUCCAGUCCAAGGUGCCGCUAUUAACUUUGAAACCAAAGACUUCCUGCACAUAAAAGAGAAAUACAACAAUGACUGGUGGAUUGGUCGGCUGGUGAAGGAAGGGGCAGACAUCACGUUCAUCCCGAGCCCAGUGAAACUGGAAGCCAUGAGGAUAAAACAAGAACAGAAAGCAGCAGCGAGGAAAGGAGGGAACGCUUCCUCCGGAGGCUGGAGGUCCACCCCUCCAUCUGCAGCCAAACAGAAGCAGAAGCAGACUGAACAUGUUUCUCCGUAUGAUGUGGUUCCUUCCAUGCGGCCCGUGGUGCUGGUGGGGCCUUCGCUGAAAGGCUACGAGGUAACAGAUAUGAUGCAGAAAGCCUUGUUUGACUUCUUAAAGCACAGAUUUGACGGCAGGAUCUCUAUUACACGGGUGACUGCUGAUCUGUCGCUGGCAAAGCGCUCCAUGCUGAACAAGAAGGCCAUAAUGGAGAGAUCCAACACUCGCUCCAGUCUGGCUGAGGUCGAGAGUGAGAUAGAGAGGAUCUUUGAGUUGGCCAAGUCUCUACAGCUGGUCGUCCUGGACGCCGACACCAUCAACCACCCUGCGCAGCUCCUCAAAACUUCUCUGGCCCCCAUCAUUGUCUACGUCAAAGUCUCCUCACCCAAGGUUCUUCAGAGGCUGAUUAAAUCUCGAGGAAAGUCCCAAAGCAAACACCUCAACGUCCAGAUGAUGGCAGGAGACAAGCUGGCUCAGUGUCCACCUGAGAUGUUUGAUGUCAUCCUGGAUGAGAAUCAGCUGGAGGAUGCAUGUGACCACCUGGCUGAGUACCUGGAAAUUUACUGGCGUGCUACACAUCUUCCCUGUUCUGCCCCAGUUAACCCCACCAACCUGAUCACCCCACCUUCAGCUAACUCUAGCCAACAGUUCUCUGAGACUCAAGAGUUGAUCGAAUGAUCACAAGUGAAAACAUAGGAGCAGCCUGUGCUGUCGGCUGGUGUCGGACCAGGAAGUCAUAGAGCACAGGGACCAGGGCGCCACCAGGGGGCAGCAGCAGCCCUCAUCUCUCCAAAAACCAGCCACCACCUUCUCCAGCCACACCUGGGGCGUAGAGGAGAGCAAGAGCGGGGGCCCCCGAGAGAGAAGGAGCAGGAGGCUGGUGAGCUGGAGGGAGAGACGGAACAGGGAGAGGAGCAGGAGGACGGAGACUUGACCAGCGCCGCCACGCACAGAGGACCCUCCGCCUCACUGCUGCCCCCUCGGCCAGAGCUCCCUGCUCCCACCGUCACGCGACAACUCCGCUUUUCUGCAGCUGCACAUGCACUGGUGGUAAAAAAGCCAGUGCAGCAGUGCAGUCACCGUUCACCACCUGACCCCCACCCACCAACCUCACACUUCCUCCCACCCCGACCUUAAAAUUACAUCCCUGCUUUCACACCCAAAGUCGCAUCCCUCUCUCGACAAAGCUGAGCCAGCCCAUGUGUGCGUCCAGACGCCCACGACUUUCACAUAGGCUGAUUCAGCUCUCAUUGUAGACAAAUUGCACCCCUGUGAAGUCGUACAGUACUGUGGCACACAAAGCUGACAGUAUAACAUCUAUACAUCCUCCCGAUGCAGGGCUCCCGGGGUUUUCUGUGCAGAGAGUGGCAGAUGAUCUAUUCUGUAUGUCUUCCAUCUGUACAGCUCUCCAGUAGCUGUCAUUCCAAAUGUAUAAACCAAAUGUUUUCUCAAAGGCACAAUUGCUUCUGUCUUGGAGACCAAAGGAAUUUGUUUUUUAAACUAUUUUCCUGCAUCACGUUCAAUAACCCUUUUAAAUGAUUUAUUUCUAUUCUCUUUUAUUUAACGUUAGCUGUCAAUGAUGCCACCUGUUAUUCAUAUCUUUGCUCUGAGUAUAGCUUAGCGUACGUAAUAUCUGUACGAAACGAUGAUACAAAGCCCAUGUAUAACAAGCACAGACAUGCACACAGUCUAUAUGCAUAUUCGUCACAGCUGUGAAUGUAUAGAUGCUGGAUCACUGGCUUAGGCUGGAUUAUUUACAAUAACUGUGGUUUGUUUGCGGAUGGUUGAGGGGCUAAUCCUGUAAGGUGCUUUUAAGAAAGACAUAUGAUUCAUUCACAUGGAAGUCAAAUCACAGAGUCACAUCACAUCUGGACAAAGACACUUUUUAGAAUUAACUAUUUAUCUCUGAGACAAUUUGAUCCACCUAGUAACAUAAUUUGUAGCAGAUAAUAUUUAAAACACAAGUAUUGGUUGAAUCAGAUUUAACUUAGAAAAAAAACCUCAUUAUAUUUUUUUACAAUCUGCUCCUUUUUGGAUAAAUUUUACUCUUACCACCAAAGUUUUGUACCUGUUUUUAUUUUAUUGCUAUUAUCUGUGUGGAGAAUACAACAAUAAAUUAGCAAGAGAUAAAAAUAUUAACAAUUUAAACAAAACAUAAUUAAGAAGAUUCACAGUAUGAUUUCCAGGGAUAAUAUCUGUAGAUUAAUCGUAACCUCAAAAUGUUCUGAAUGUGACUCUUGGCCUUGACAUUACUGCAUCACCAUGAGUACACAGACGCACACAGUCAGGACCAGUCGUCGCUCAUAAUCACCGGCGCGGCUAUAACUGUAGUGGACAAGUGAGCCGAAUGACAUCAAGAGUGUGUAAUCUCAGUCACUUCACAGGAAAUGGUAAACGCUGAUCUGAACGAUAGGACUCUCUCUGUGCGUAGGCUGAAUCAUCAGACAGAAUCAAGAAGCAAAAGUAGUAAAAAAAAAAUAAACUCACUCACCGCUGAGAAGCCUUCUGAGCACAUCAACAGAUUGUGAAGGAUCACUUCCUAACAAGCCCAGUUGUUCAUUUCAGUAUCCUUCGACAGAAUCAAAUCAGCAUGCGUACAAGCUUGUGAGUGUAUUUACAAUUUAACGCCGGUCUUAUAUCCGUUGCUGUAUGUAGCCACAUAAAUGUACUGUAUGUUCCCAUAGCCUGCAUACAGUCACCAACCUUUUUUUUAUUUUUUUUUAUGCCUCGCCCCACUCACGAAAAUGACACGUUAAAGCAACUCCUUGUAUCUUAAACCUUAAACCACAUACCUUACAUGUAAAUAAUCUAAAUGUAUGUGCAUGACAUUUAUAUCCCCGCUUCAUCAGAAGGGCUGCUUAGGACUACCCUCACUCGAGCCGUUCACUCAUCAGACUGAACCAGUGCGACCUACGUAACCAGUUACAUUAUUAUAUGAGUUACUGUAAAUAAUGUAUAUUCAAUAUGCAGAUACUAUUAUUAUUAAUAUUAUCAAAUUGCACAGAAAUGCUGAGAGUAGAAAGGGGUUUUAGUCGCAGUGCAAAGUCCUAUACUCAGCUCCUUCCUCAGAAAGCAUGUGUUUGUAUGUAACGUCCUUUGAACGUCUUUCUCGAAUGAUGCUCCGUUUGUUUAGUUGCCACCGUGACGUAUCGCUUCCACUGACACCCACAUUCAUUUCUGAAGGAUAAGGUUUGUGAUACAUAACUUCUACUUGAUGAAACACAGAGAGCACAGUACCUUCUAAAGCUGAUUAAAUUUAAAAAAUAAAAAACUCAAUCAGCUUCUUCUUAUUUGCUUAAUUUAGAUUGCAGGAAAUUUCUACAAAACGUGAAUUACUCUUUGGAAGUCCAAAGCACAAUUUUUUACAACUAUCAUUUCUUAUUGCGUUUCCCUCACCUAAAUUCUGUAUGCAAUACGACGUUUGGCAUUGACACUAGCUGAGACUAUCAAGAUAUCUCCUCAGAUGUGAUGGGGUAUAAUUGCACUACUAUCGUUUCUAUGUAUGCUUUCCAAUGCAAUAAAUGCACUAAACAUUACGCUGAUCCCACCUCCAAUACUGAACAAGCUGCCCGGCCUGAUGAUGAUGAUCAUGAUGAUGAUGAUGAUGUCAACUUUUCUCGUAGUUUCUGACAUGUCAGCAAGAUAAAUGAUAUCCAACAGUGUCUGAUGACGAUGAUAAUGAUGAUGAUGAUUAUGAUGAUGUGUUACAGGGUGCAUCUUUUGUCAAUAGCACACGUGAAGGAGGGGGUGAAUAAACAAAACUACAUUUAUGUAA